AACAAUACCCUUCAGCGCCAAGCGGAAAUUGAAGAGAGAAGAGUUAUCAUAGUUUCAGUUUUUUAAAAAAAGAUACAACGAUGAAGAUGCGAUUCGCAGUGGUUGCCUCGCUGGCAACAGUCAUGUCAUUUCUUUGCGAGGAAUCGAUUGCUUCGGACGACGGUUCAGAUAUUUCCAACGGCAUUGUUUACUCGGCUUUCGAUAGCGCUUCUUGGGCAGUCACUUCGAGAUUUCUUUCUCCUSUAUUAGGAGCCGACAAGCAGUCUUUGUACGAUGAUUUUAUGGCAGAUUGUGACGAGGCGAUGAAAGAGGAUGCGGGGUAUUGCUCUCGAAAYGAUGAAUACCGAACGAGAAUGAACCGCUCUCAACCAAGCUCAGUAUAUAACUAUACAAAAACUGGAUUUGCCAAGACAAGAGUUCCGCCGGAUCUUUAUAAGUUGAUAAAGGAAUUCUUUGACGAAAAYCGCCAUCAUGCAGAGGUCGAAUGGAAGCACUACAAUACAUACCACAAUGCAUGGGAGUCACCCCCCACAAUUGUGCACUUGGCGCAGGAACACAUGGGUGGAUCCAUAAGUUUGAUAACCGAAAUCGAAAAAAAAGUGACACCAAUUUUAGAAGAGUGGACGGGUCAGCGUUUGUCACCUGUAAGUUAGUACCUUGCAUUUUCCCGAGCAAUCWACAAUGUUCGUCCACUUCUUAGUCUCUUGGAACUGCAGGGUCAAAGGGAAGUGCAAGUGCGAUGAUUCGACUCACACAUUUUUUGUACAAUGUGACCCUUGAUUCAUGGUUCGGAAUAGGUGUCUACGUAUGGUGUUCGGCUCUACCACAAUAAUUCCAUUUUGACGCCUCACGUCGAUAGAAUGCCACUGGUGACAUCUGUAAUCAGUAAGUUUAUUUCAUAGUUCUCCAGCGACGAAUGAUACGUGAUGUAUGRUUAGCGACUAUACCUCGAAAAUAAGCAAAUAACAUUUUUCGGUUGUUUUUCGGCCCUGUGGAACGCAGUUCAAGUCGAUCAAGAUGUAGAUGAACCAUGGCCACUCGAGGUAUAUGGYCAUGAUGGCAUUGCAACAAACGUGACCAUGGAACCAGGUAAGCUGAUGAACGUUUAGGAUURAGUACUGAGGAAGGUACAAUAUUUAUUCAUCCAAUGAAAUCACGAUAAUCAAUAAUCUUUUUUUGACGUGAACACUGUUUGUUCAGGUGAUAUGGUAUUAUACGAAAGUCACUCUGUCAUUCAUGGAAGGUGAGUUAUGUUUUGUUCUGUUGUGUUCUAUUGUCAUAUUUCUCYAUUGUUUCAGCCUAUCAUGCUCAUCACUACUAAUUAUUUUCUGUUCAAAUUUCGUAGACCUUUUCCCAUGGUUGGUAAUUAUUUUGCCAACUGUUUCAUUCAUUUCGAGCCGUACGAACCCAUCGAAUCAGAGGGGUAUUCGUAUGAGCCGGAGACUGACAUUCCACCUUAUCUUAUACCUGGUUCUGCAUGGGAAGCAGAAUGGUGGAAAUUAAAUCCUGAAGGAUGGACAGGUGUAAGUUAUUUUUUUCUACAAUUCGGAGUACAGAUUAUGAGCUAUCCAAUCAAUUGUUUUUYGUGUUUCAUGAUUCAUUUCAAAAACUUACCUACUUCUUCAUUUCAGAAAWCAAAAACMGCAUCCACACUAGAACUCAGAAAGGUCGCAAUCAAAGGAGACACAAUCCGAUUCAGGUCAAURGUCAAUGCGAACCCAGAUCUGUUGCAUGCUCAAGAUAAAAAUGGAUGGACAGUCAUCCACGAAGCGGCACGAAGUGGAGACGUUGAAAUAAUCGAGCUCAUMCUAGAGCUAGGCGUCGACAUGAACCUUCUGACAGACCACGGCUUUUCACCCUUGCGCGUCGCUCGGGAAUUUGGCGAGAAUGCGGAGGUGAUAAAGUAUUUCGAAAGUAUCGGGGCCAAAGAUAUUAAAUUCGACGAAGAACUAUGAAUAAAUGUAGGAAAAACACGGGGAAAUAAAUCACSYAUGUUACCGUUUGGCUGAUAAGAAYGUCGAAAUUCAAAAYAGGAUAGGAAGUUUUGUAACUAUAGAGAAAGAUAUUUGCUACUCGAUAACAUAAAGUCCAGUCUGCGAUGUACAGUGGAAGUCGCGAGACAAAAGACAAUAAAUUACUGGAAUGCGUCAGGCUCAUCGAAAAAACUAGCUGGCUUUUUCUCCUCGUCUUCCUUCUUCGAUUCUGUCGUAGGGAUCAAUUCAUCUGCAGGAAUGCCAUCCUCUUCUUCUGUUAGUGACUCGCUAUCGGAAGAAAACAGCCCCCGAAGACUCUUUUUKGUUUURAGACGUGUUACCUCGGCCUGCAUAAAAUAUUUCAAAAGUUUACAUCGAGCUGAGUGGUCCUUGGCCUCCAAAACCUUUUGCAUCGUAAGCGAUGACUCGAGUACCAAGGGUUGGAGCUCAAUAGCCAUGCGUUUUUGUAGUUCCUGUAGUUCGAGCUGGAGUUCGGGCGACAAGUCACCAAAUCCAAUGGCACUAGGGAGUUCAUCUUGUUUGAGACCCCUUUCUUUCUGUAGAAAUUUUUUCAAUUUCUCUUGGAAUUCUUGCUGCAGCUCGUUUUGACGCGAAACAAGUCGUUGUUCUAUGAAACUUUGCCACAACCUGAUUGUUUGCCAGAGUCCGUCCUCGCCUGCUCCGUCACUGACCGCAAGAGUGGACUUGGCCGCAUUCGUGAACCGCACGUCUUCCUCUAACUCGUGUUGCAGAUCCACAACCUUCGAAAAGAUGAUUCGCAAAUCGUUCUCGUCUUUCGUGGUUGCAGCUGCUACUACGGCACCGUAUGGAUUGCCUGCCAUUGGUUCAUCUUUUGGCUCGUCGUCCUUGCCCGAAUCGUCGAUAAUGGUUCCCUCGGCCUUCAAGUAGGACUCUCGGGUCUCCCAAACCUCUGGAUUCAAAAUUUUGUUGAUGGUGACCCGGCCCGUCACUUUGUGGUUGCAAAUGUAUUUGAUCUGAUCCUGAGUCUGUUCACUUACUUC